CCGUUGUUGUUCCAUGGACUCCAUAUUUUCGCCAUUGGGAUUUUUGAUUUUCGGUUUUUUUAUUAGCUUUUAUGCUUUUGUUGUUCAAUCUCAGAUACAUGAUGGAAACGAUUCUAAAUCACGACAACAACAACCACAACCAACACCUAUUUUUAUGAUGUCACCUUCACCUCCACCACCUCCUUCGCCGCCGCCUCCUCCUCCGUCGCCGCCAGCAACACCACCUUCUCCUCUGGAUCCCAAUUCCCCUCCCUUACCCAAAGGGAAACACAUUCCUCCCAAAAACACGAGGAACGACAACCCCAAUGAAAUAAGAUUAGCACCCCCUCCAUACCACCACCACCAUCACCGACACCACCACCAUGUUCAUUCGCCUCCACCUCCGCCUCCGCUUCCGCCUCCGCCACCACACAGAAUGAAUGCUGGGAAAAUAGUGGGACUUUUGUUCCUCGGCAUUGCGGCGUUUCUUCAGGUUGGUAUGGUUGGGUUCUUGGUAAUCAAAAGGAGACAACUUUUGAAUACCGAUGACAACAGAUACGAGCAUUCUUCUUCUUGA